GACGCAUCAAGCACGGUGGUAGACGCAGAUAUGUCUUCGCUUCCAGCCCCAAUAUAUCGUCAUGCAGCACCCUCCGGGCCAUGGCCUUGGGUAGAUUUUGACACCGACUUUUUGUCGACUACGUCAGAAAUCUCGAUAAUUCAUGACGGCGGAAGUACUGUAUGGAGUGGAUAUCCGCAAACACAUUUCGGCAACUGGACCUCAAUCCCAGUGGAACGAAGCAAGAUGUUGACACAGUGUGCACAAAAGGGACCGUGCGUCGUAUAUGGCAUUGACGUGAUGGACAACGGUCAAUUCAAGAUACCACACGAGCAAGGGCUGGAUCGCUUUGAAGUGUCGCAAGAGAAGGAGGAGGAAUUCUGGUCAAAACUAAAUGACAAGGUGGAAAAUGUCCGUGUUCGAGCACUGUUCGUGGAUAACUUGACUGCACCAGUUUUGAAGAUGUUGGGGACGAGGUAUAACAUCGAGCCAUUCUUCUUCUCAUCUUCAACGAACUGGAUUCCUUCGCGAUACCAGGAAGAGGUUCAACACGGAAAGGGAGAUCAUAUCACAGUCACCCUUCCUUUUAUUCGGACAAUGGGGAAGGAAAAGCAUAUAACUCCGCCGUGUAGUCCAUUAGGAAGGAAGAGCACUAUAGACGUUCUGGCGCCACUCCAUCUGCACGGCGAGCACGUUCUUCUCAUCGACCUCCUGGCAAUUCAUAUGAUCCGCGCGACAUAUUCAUCUACAAUUAUAACGUAUCAUCCUUCCCUGCCUGGUCGCACUACUGCCAAGCGCUUGCAUCAGGUCAUGGCGCGCGCAGGUAGGAGUGUGUACUGGAAUAAAAUAUUCGAGGCAUCUGGAGAUCCAACGUUUUUCUUUCUGGCAAUCUUGUGGUACGCACUAUAUGCAUGGGAUGAGGCAUUUGAGGUGCUGUAUUUGCGCAUUAAACAUUUGGAGGGAAUCCUGAAUGACUCCGACCUCGCCCAUACGGCCGACCUCAACCAUAAGCUACACAGCCUUCAGGCGCACCUACUCCAUUACCAAACCCUCCUUCACGAUUUCGAGAAAUCGGUCGCAUUUGUUAGAGAUACCCCUAACCCUGCAAUCAAAUCCAGUGACGAUAGAAACACUACAAAUCAGUUAAUGCAGCGGGAAUGCAAGAAUCUCCUUUCCGAGAUCAACAGGUUGCAACGGAAAUGUUUGAUGUUCAUCAAUCGAUUGAAGAAUGCCACGGAAUUGGCAUUUGCGACUGUCAAUAUCGAGGACACGCAGGCGAGCCUCCGAGACUCCGCAGCGAUGAAACAGAUAUCGUACCUGACCAUGGUCUUCUUGCCCGCAAGUUUUACUGCUUCAAUCUUCGGAAUGAACGUGGCCGAAAUUAAUCCCGGCUCCUUGGAGACAGUUGCGCGCUACGUCGAGGUGACUUUAUUGCUGACUUUCGUCACGACAUGGGUCGUUAUCGCUUUUCAACCAUACAGUUCGAUACACAAGUCUGGAGAUGGUGUGUGGCAGAGGGCUGCUUGGCCUGUAUUUUUCUUUCGUCGUAAGUUUGCGAGGUACUAUAGACAGAACUCGUCACGGGAAAACAAUCCCUCCUGGCGUCCGAGUCGGAGACGUGAUCAAUCUUCUACGAUGAGGUUCGAAGACGCAGUAUGAAGAGGGCAAGAUUGAUGGGCCGGGUUCGACCUUCAAGUGUAGCGAGAGUCUGAGGAUGAUGUCAAUUACAGUAAGGUAGAAUACACUUCGUGGACUCUGUACACCAGUAUCAUCCCAGUAUCAUUCAUAUGCAC